AUGAUUGAUAAUCUCUUUAAACGCGUCUCUCAUGUAAAUGAUGAAGGUAUCAUGAGGGAGCUCUUGCUUGACUUUGAGUCAAGUUCUAGAGUGAAACCAAAUCACAUUAUCAUUUUCAGAGAUGGUGUGAGUGAAUCUCAGUUUAACCAAGUUCUUAAUAUUGAAUUAGAUCAGAUGAUGCAAGCGUGCAAGUUCCUCGAUGAGAAAUGGGAUCCCAAGUUUACAGUGAUCAUUGCUCAGAACAAUCACCACACCAGGUUCUUUCAGACCAGAGGUCCUGAUAAUGUUCCUCCAGGAACUAUCAAUGACAGCAACAUCUGUCACCUGCAGAACAAUGAUUUCUAUCUUUGUGCUCGUGCUGGAAUGAUUGGAACUACAAGGCCAACACAUUACCAUGUGCUCUACGACGAGAUUGGAUUUUCAACAGAUGACCUCCAAGAACUAGUCCAUUCUUUAUCCUCUGUCUACCAGAGAAGCACCACUGCCAUCUCAGUCGUUGCACCUAUUUGUUAUGCUCAUUGGGCAGCUGCACAGAUGGGAACUAUGAUGAAGUUUGAGGACAUGUCAGAGACUUCAUCGAGCCAUGGCGGGAUCACGACAUCUGGACCAGUCCCUGUGCCUCCCAUGCCAAAGCUGAACAAGAAUGUUGCUACCUCAACGUUCUUCUGCUGA